AUGGUCCGGCCGCCGGACAAUCUCGGAACAUGCCGAGACGGCGCAGGAGGAGAGGACAAGGUCUCUCGGGUCCCGGAGCUCGGAUUCUCCCGACGGCUCGAGUUUUCUCUCGAGCGUCAAGGUAGCGUCCCGGGCGGCCGGAUCCCCAUCACAUAUCACAUUCCCGACCUUCUGGUCAUGGUCCGGAGUAACCCGUAUCGUAGAUGA